AUGAGUUAUGCCGGCUACCCCCCCUAUGACCCCGCUCGCGCCUCCUAUUAUGGCCCGCCCGGCUACCCUCCCGCCGGAUACCCCCCCCAUCCUCCUCCUCCGCAAUCACCGGGCCCUUCCCCCGCGAGACCGCAUACUACCGCCCCGUUUCCGAGCCCGUCGCAGUAUGCCCCGCCGCCCGGCGCCCACUACUAUGGCAUGCCUCCGCCAAGCGCCGGUCCUCCUCCCACGCCAGGCAGCGGCCAUCCCCCGCCUCUCGACUACCCACCGAUGCCGCCUGCACCUCCGCCUCCCGGCCCGCCGCCUGCUCCCGCGCCCUCGGCCAGCCCAGCGCCGUUCAACGACAUGUCGCCCGAACAGCUCCAGGGCAUGAUCGACCAGCUCAACCGGCUCAAGAUGGGCAAGACCGCGUCGCCCGCACCGGCGCCCGCCGUGCCGGCAAUGCCGGCUCCUCCACCCCCUAGCUCGCCUCCGCCCCGGAUCGACACUUCGAUGGGCAUGCCACCGCCACACGGGGUCCCGCACUCGGCUAGGGGUCCGCCCAUGCACUACGGUUAUCCCCCUUACGGCUACCACUACGGCCGGCCCGGCCCAUCGUCACACAGCGGCGAGGUAUCCCCCCCUCCCCCCGCGCCGGCUCCCCCGCCAUCGCAAGGCCGCGGCCACCCACCUCUCCACCCGCCGCCCAAGUCGAAGACCCCAGCGCCGGGGCCGAUGCCCGGAGCUUUCGCACCCGAGGCCCCGGCCCCGCCGCCGGCACCCGCCCCACCACCACCAUCUAAAACGCCGGCUCCGGCUCCGUCGGGACGCCCGGAACCGGCGAGGAAAGUGUCCGCGCAGAUGUCCGAGAUGUCGUUCGGAAGCAACAAGUCCCAUGACAUGGCACAUGCCUGGGAACUGUGGGGUGGCCCGUUGGUUGAGGUCGCACCUGGACGCGAGCCGAGGCCGAAGCCGAAGCUGGUCGCGCUUUUCCGCGGAAUCGCCGCUUACAUGGUUGCGUUAUUGGAGCCUACGCAGAGCUGCGUGGUGACUCUGGGAAAGUUGAUUCAGUUCUACAAUACCUUUGCCGUAGGAGAGGGUGAAGAGUCUGAGUGGCAACGAUUCUUCAACUUGCGUUCUCCCAAGAUCCUGUCCGAGCUCUUCUGUGCCCUUAAUGUCGAACAUCAUCUAGUGCCCACCAAGCCGAACCAGCCUCCCACUCUGCCCGGGCUUACGCCUCGCGGAUUCGAGGUGUGGAUGUUCACCCAGUUGAUGACGGCGCCGCACCGCGAAUGGCACCGUAUUUCUCGGGUCUUGGACCAGUGGACCAUCUUCGACCAGGGGACCGAGAUGCCCAAGAUGAUUCCUCGGGAAUGCUUUCCCCAAACGGAGGAUCGUGCUAUCUAUCAGGGCUGGUGGCAAGCCGUCCGCGAGGACUAUCCUGAGGAAUCACAGGACUCGGACGAUGAGCGUAAGGUUCCUCUAGGCCUCCCCGAGCCGGAGAAGCCGAGGAGGAGAGGAUAUUCCGUCCGCGGAGACGGGCCGUCGGAUACUCCGCCGGAGGACAACGGCCCGAAGGAUCCUCCAUCGCCCGCUCCCCCCUCCCUCACACGGAAACGCACUUCGCGCCCAUACUCCACCACCAACGUCGUCCCCGACCCUCAGGACUUCUUGACCGCCGAGGAGAAAGACAACUCUCCAGUCGACCGAUACCGUUCUCCCUACUCCCCCGCUCCCCCCGGGCCUCCCCCCGGCUGGAGGGAAGACGCCAGACGGGACGAGGUCAACCCGCGGCCGACGCUAGGCGAGGAGCCACCGCGGCCGCCCACGCGCUCACGUAGCGUCAAGCCCAAGGGCGGCUCGGCCAAAGACUCAUCUGCACGGCACGCGGCGAAGCGGGGCCGCAGCGUGCGGCGGCGGCGCGACGACAGCCCGGACCGCUACAGCGACGACGAUUACGACGACGUCAAGUACGACGGCUACGGGCGGAAAUACGAGGGCGAUGGAUUGUAUGAGUCACUGCACGUUAUUGGAUACGGCGCGUCGCCGCCGCCGGCACCGCCAGUACUCGAAUACACCGUCGAAGAGAAGACUAAUAUGUGGGCGCUGAGCAGAUAUGAAGACCCCAGUCCGCCGACUAGGGCUACCACCCCGCACCACCCCUCGAACUCCUCCGCCGCCGCCGCUGCCGCCUAUCAUCACCCCAGGGAUCCUAGCCGCGGCCCUCCGCCUAAUAGGGAUCAACAACUACCAAGAUCCAGCAAGCCGGAGAAGGAUAUCAGGGACUACACCUAUCAGGAGCAGUACGAAAAGGACUAUGUCGCGCCAGUGCCGCCGACAGUCUCCGCGGCUAGAAGGGCCCACCGCGCUAGCGAUGCUCAUCUACAUCAUGGCGCUAGGAAGAGCGGCCAAUGGAGGUAUGCUUCGUAG